UCUCGCGAUUCCAAGCUCUCGGACAGGUGCGAGACUAUUGGCGACACUCACAGCAAUGGCGGUCCUAAGUUUGUUGACAUGGGAAGGACUGCUAUUAUUUUUUGGAUUUAUUCAUAUUCAUUGUUUUAAUGUGGACGUGCGAAUGCCAUUCAUUAAACAGGGGCCCGAAAAUAGCUACUUUGGCUUUUCAAUAGCUCAGCACAAGAUCAAUGACUCGGGACAAUAUCUGUUAUUGGUCGGAGCCCCUAAAUACUCACAGGAUCCCACAUACUCACCGGGAGGAGUGUACCAGUGUAAUGUCAGCAAUGAUCCAUCCUGUCAAAUCAUCGACAUAGAAACUGCAUUCAAUGAACACUCUGUGGAGAUGACCAACGGUCAAUGGAUGGGGGGCACCGUCAGGAGCUCUGGGGAGGGGAUCGCCCUGGCCUGUGCCUUUAGGUACAUGGAGAAUUAUAACCCCCUGGGGCGGUGCGCCUCCCUGUUGAAUAACCUGAACCCUGACCGAGAGAUCCGUCAGUGUGAGGCUGACGGUCGAGACAAUGAGGGGACAUCCUACUGUCAGGCUGGGGCGUCGGCCCUGGUCACCAGGGAUGAGGAGAUAGUGCUUGGGGCCCCAGGAUCUGUAGACUGGACAGGCCAGAUUUCCCGUAUUUACAUCACAGGAGAUAUAUUUAACUUCGGAAGAGACAAGUCCUGGAGCCACACCUACGCAUAUCAAGUGGAAGAAAAUCCACCUGCAGUGGAUAAAAACUCUUACAUGGGAUUUUCAGUGACGUCUGGCAGAUUCCGGGGAUUCAGCGAAAGGGUUUACGUGGGAGGGGCGCCGCGAUCGAACUCCACGGGCCAGGUGGUGGUCUUCAGGAAGGACAAGAGUAACCUUGUGUACUUCAAGCAGAGCAUACUCAGUGGCACCAUGGCAUUCUCUGCCUUCGGAACUGACCUAGUGGCGGUGGACUUCGACAGUGAUGGCUUUGAUGAUUUAGUUGUGGGCUGUCCAUUAUACACCAAAACUGAUGUCAACACCAACAUGUUUGCCGGUGGAGCCGUCUACGUAUACAGCAGUAAAUCUCCACUGACGUCUGCCACUGUCCCUCUGAUUAUCACUCUGGACAUGGCGGAGAGUGAAUGUGAAAAGAUGAGGUGUCUGGAGGCCAGGUUUGGACAGUCUCUCUCAAAAGCUGGAGACCUAAAUCUUGAUGGGUACCCAGAUCUGGCAGUGGGAGCUCCAUACGACAAUUUUGGACGCGGAGCCAUUUAUCUGUUCCAUGGCUCAGCCAAAGGAAUCAAUCCUAAAUAUGUUCAGAAAAUAACAGCUACUGAGGUUGAACCCAGUCUCCGUACAUUUGGAUAUUCUCUAUCUGGAGGUCUGGACCUGGAUGACAAUGGAUAUCCAGAUGUGACAGUUGGUGCCUAUGGAUCCAACAAAGCCAUCAUGCUCCGGACAAGGCCCAUAGUCCAUCUCUUUCCCAACAUCACUUUCUUUCCUAAAAAAUUUAACCUCAGUAAACCCGCUGGCUGUCCAUUUGAUGAUCCAGCCUUUACUACUAAGCCAAGAUACUGCGUGGAGUUGAAGAUCUGCUUAAAGUUCAGUGCCAAACCAGUACACAGCUUUUCAACGGCUCAAAAGUUUGAUGUGAAAGUAGUGGCGGAGAGGGACAGUGUGGAGAAGAGGAUCUUCUUUAAGGGAGCUCCGCAGCCCGACAUGGUGUCCUAUAUCCAGGAACUCAGGUACCAGGACCUAGAGGGCUGUAAGAGACAUGUGAUAUACCUGGCUGACAAUAUCAAGGACAAGUUGACUCCAAUACAGAUCGAUGUUUCCUACAAUCUGCCCGAAUCUCGGACACUGCGACGACGACGUCAGGCUGUUGAAGAUAUCAACAAGUAUCCCAUUCUGUUGAUUGUCAACCAGACAGACGAGACGUCAGUGACGUCCUUCUCAGAAAAGAUUGACUUUGUGAAGAAGUGUGGUUUGGAUGAUAUCUGCCAAAGUAAUCUAGAGCUUCAAAUGGCCUUGAAGCCUCUUCAGAAAGACGUAAAUGAGUAUGUUCUGAGUAUUGGUGAGAAUGACCUUUUCAAGGUCCAGAUUAAACUGACUAACACUGGAGAACCGGCCUAUGAGCCCAGCUUCUAUCUGGUUGUUCCUGAAACCAUGCAAUAUGCUGGCAGCACACCAAUUUAUCCGCCUGGACUCUCUCCUCCGGCAUGCAUAAACAUCAACAAAACCACCAUCUUCUGUGAGCUCACCAAUCCGUUCGGCAACAGCGUCAAAUCAAACGAGCGCACCGAGUUCAACAUCGAGUUGGACGCAACCAAUCUACCACUCAAUCUGACAACUUUUACCAUCCGAGGACUUUUUAACACGACGAGCAAGGAGCAGUCUCUGAACAACGACGAAGUGACUCUACCGGUCAAGAUGGUGACAAGAACGAACAUCAGAGUGUUUGGGGAGGCUGUACCCGCCCAUGAUGUUGUGUUUAAGGGGCCCAUUAGGGGGGCUAGUGCCAUAAGUAAUGAAGAUGCCAUUGGACCUGCUAUCAACCAUACAUAUACAAUAUACAAUGAAGGAGUAGGUGCGGUCGGAUCAGCAGAGCUGGAGAUUUUCUGGCCGAUCGAAGUCGACCCCGGGGAAUACGAGGACGGGAAACACCUCCUGUAUCUGAUGCAGACCGAGUCCUUGGACAGGUCCAAAGCCCAGUGUAUUCAUGAGCCAGAGUACUACAAUGUCCUCGGAGUAAAAGAGAACGCAGAUCUUAUCAUUCGGCUGCCAGUUAAAACAGCAGUGGUUGUCAACAAUGGUGAGGGGCCGGAGUAUGUCGCCGCAGAUUCUCGCCGCAGACGUGAGGUCGGCAACGAGGAGGAGAUCCCAACCAGCACCACCCCCAAACCACCACGAGAGUCGGGAUCUGGGCGGAAAGUCAUUAAACUGGGCUGUGCGGACAAGUCAGCAAAGUGUAUCAGAAUUCGCUGUAGAGUAUUCCGACUGGACAAAAAACAGUCCGUCAAGAUUGUGGUACGAGCUCGGCUAUGGGAAUCAACGCUACUACAGGACUUCCCUAGCUAUGAGGUACAGAUAUCUUCCCUAGCCAGAGUAACAGUGUCGCCAGACCUCAACAUCUUCCAGGACACCUCAGACGAUGAAAGCACAGCAACAACGUAUGCUGUGCCAGAAUUAAAGCCAACAGCCAAGCAGGAACUGCAGUGGUGGAUUAUACUGGUGGCGGCUUUAGGGGGCAUUAUCCUGCUCAUCAUUGUUAUUGUGAUAUUGUACAAGUGUGGAUUCUUUAAGCGAAGUAAACCAGAAGGCUAUGAGCCCACUUAUCAAGGAGAGAUAAAGAAAUCAAAAGACUAUGACAAUGUAGGCUAAACAUGAGACAAGGAAACUAUUGCAAGGAAAAUAAAUAAAGUAUAUUGGAGGGAAGCAGACAGAACAGCCCUGUCUCCAUAGCAACAUUGCACACACAGAACAAUCAACCAAUCCCAGGCUGCCAUGGCAGUCUGUCUGUGUGUCAAUUGAACUCGCCAAGAUUGUAUGCAACAUGAAAGAAACAAAGCUUCCAGAUUAAUCUCAUACUUUUUAACUGCAACUGAGAUUUUAACAGAAAAUAAGACUUUUUUUAUCUGUUUUCUUAAAAUGCCACUGAAUUUUAAUUGGGUUGGUACAUUUGAAAUUGCUAAGUGGGACUUUAGACUGUCAGAUUUUAGGGGUUGUUUUUGUGUAUUUGGAAUAAUAUGAAGGAUAUUAUAUAUUUCUAUGUAUUGAGCCAGUAGUUUUGAUAUAUAUAUUAGAAUGAUAUAUACGCCUAUUUAUCAUAAAAAAGAGGCCCACAUUCUAAAUGAAGUGCUGAUGUACGUGUACCGAUACUUUCAACAAAAGGGACACAACUUAAAUAAAGUUUCCCUCAUUCUGUGCAACUUAUGCAGUUAGAUAAUUUUUUGGUUGUGAAUUUUUUAUGUUUACAUCUUUUUAUUGUUUUUAUAUUGACAAAAUUAUGCUUAAUAUGAGAGUAAUUUAGAUCCAAGUGCAAACUCUUGGAAUCUUUGUCAUCAGCUGGUGAUUUUUUUGAGCAUACAGAGUUUUUCUUCCUUUUUAUCUCCAAUUUUUGCAUACCAUUUGUUAACAU